UCACAGGCUUCAAGCUGCCCUUAUAAAGUUGUUCCACUUCUGUAUACUUCCUCAUACUGCUACUUUCUCGGUGAAGAUGAAGCUCCUCAUUUACAUAGUCUUGCUGAAGUCAACUCUCCUUGCUUUAACAAAUGUUUUUGCAGUUAUUUUAGAAGAGGAAGAGAAUGCUAAAGAAGCAAAAUCUACUGAGACUUGUCCCAUAAAGCUCAAAACUAAUCGGAAAUGUGAUGAAGGAGAGGAUUGUCCUUAUCAGAUAACUUUGCCUCCGAUGACCAUCCAGAUACCCAAAGAAUUCAAACUGCUUGAGAAGACUCUCAAAGAAGUACAGACCCUUAAAGAAUCAGUAAACAAGCUGAAGAAAUGCUGCCAAGAUUGCAAGCUGCAAGCAGAUGACAACCAAGAAAGAGACAGAAGUAAGGAAUUCCUGCUACCUAAUACUGCAGAAAACAGUGAAAGCGAAGAUAACAGAGUAAAGGAACUGCAAAGCAAAGUUAACAGAAUGGCAACCAGCUUAAAAAAUGCAAAGAGCCAGAUCCAGACACUGCAGGGUCGUUUAGAGAAGAUGAGCCUCAUAAACAUGAACAGUGUGGAACAUUAUGUUGACAGCAAAGUUGCAAAUUUGACAUUUGCUGUGAACAACCUGGAUAACAAAUGCUCCUCUAAGUGUCCAGCAAUGCAAGCAAAACCUGUUAUACAAAUAAUGCAGAGAGACUGUGCUGACCAUUACAUAGCAGGAAAAAGGAGUAAUGGAAUCUAUUGGAUUAGCCCUGAUCCCAGAAACGAGAGCUUUGAAGUAUUCUGUGACAUGCAAACACAAGGAGGUGGCUGGACAGUGCUGCAACGGCGUCAGGAUGGCAGCACUAACUUCAACCGAACCUGGAAUGACUACAAACAUGGCUUUGGGAACCUCAGCAGGGAGUUUUGGCUGGGCAAUGACAAAAUUCACCUCCUGACAAGGAGCCAGGAAAUGCAACUGAGAAUUGAUCUCGAAGAUUUCAAUGGAAUCAGAGAGUAUGCAAAAUACGAUCACUUCUACGUGGCCAACGAGUACCUCAAGUACCGUCUCAGCGUCCACGGCUACAGUGGCACGGCAGGAGAUGCCCUCCACUACAGCAGGCACUACAACCACGACCAAAAGUUCUUCACAACCCCAGACAGGGACAAUGACAGGUAUCCCUCAGGAAACUGUGGGGCGUACUACAGCUCUGGCUGGUGGUUUGAUGCCUGCUUGUCAGCCAAUCUCAAUGGCAAGUACUACCACAAGAAAUACAAAGGUGUUCGCGAUGGCAUUUUCUGGGGUACGUGGCAUGGUAUUUCUGAUGAUACUCCCACUGGGUACAGGCAACCCUUUAAAUCAGUAAAGAUCAUGAUCAGACCCAAAAGUUUUGUGCAGUAAUUCUACACAUUUCUCUUAACUAGUUUGCAUUGGAUUGCACUCAAAAUCAUACUUACUCAGUAUUAUACUCAGAAAUCAAGUAUUCAGUUAUGUUUGGCAAAAGAUUGUUCUAGACAAAACAACAUACUUCCGCAUAUUCCUAGAGACCGUUUGACCCAUAUAAUGUAUUAAAACCAGCAUGAAAAUACCUGAAUAGUUAUGGCUAAAACUUAACACCAGUUAGGUCUUGGUUUUGUUAUGUAAAUAUUCUAAACAUUGCUUUUGGUGCUUUUACUGACUGUGAUAUACCACAUUUUAUGAUUUAAAACUUUUAUAUUGUCUUCCACAAGUUGUGUCUGGAUGAAUACCUACAUUUUAACCCGAAAAUAAUUCAGGGGUGUAACUAAUGUAAAUUUUUAACACUUGGAAAAAAAAACCAAAACUUGUCUCUCUAAAACAGUCUUUUUCCAUCAGCUAUCUUCCACAACUUCAAAGGUAUACUACAGCAUUAUCAAUGUAAAUUAGGAAAAGUACUAGAAAUUAUUAUUUUUAAAGGACUAGAAAACAGAGGGCCCAUGGUUUGCCCAAAGACCUUGAAGAAAAAAACCCAGAAAAUUAAGAUGAUUCCUCAAAUUUCAAUCUUUUAUUAAAGAUUUUUCAAAUAAGUUAAUGGAAGAAUUGAAUAAAAGCAGAGGAAAUAAUUAUAAAAUGAUAGAAUUAUUUAGUUUGGAAAAGACCUUUAAGAUCAUUGAGUCCAACUGUUAACACAGAACUGCCAAGUCCACACUAAGCCAUGGCCCUAAGUGACCCAUCUACACAUGGAGAGAGCAUGUAUUGAACAACAUUCUUGCUCUUUUUGGUUCCUCCAUUCAAGCUCAAGGUCCUUUUGUCAUUUUUAGGAGAAAGGAGCCAUUAUAAAGCUUACUGCAAAUGUAGGCAGGUAGACAGGAAGCAGGAAGACACAUCAAUAAGGAUCCAUAUUCUUUGCAUUAAUGCCUCUAAAUACAUGAAAUACAUACAAAAAGUUUCCAGUGCCAUUUUGCUUUUUUCUGAAUUCUUUAGGUAAGUCAAAUGUUACAACAUGCUCUUGUAGAGACUUUAGCGCUCAUUCAAAGACUUCUCAAUCUAUAUAUUUUUAGACCCUAAAACAAAAAACCCCCCGUAAUUAUGAAGUGUUUUGUAACACAAGAAAAUACUGUUCUCUCCAUUUUAAGACUACAUAUUUUGUAGCCACAGAAACAUAAAAACCUACUAUCAAUUCUAGGCAAGAAAGAGCAUAUAUGAUCAAAGAUUUGUUUUUUCUAAAAUAUAAGAAAUAAAAAAAAAAUCAAAUUGUCAAAUAGUGCAGGAAUUUCAAAUUAGAGAUACUGUUUUUAAAUCUCACAUUGCAGAUAGUGAGCACAAAUUUGGCUGACAUAUCUAGACCAUGUCUCUGUAAAGAUAAUGAAAUACUGAGUGCAGAAGCAAUUUAUCUUAGCAAGAGGUUCUUACACCAGUCUUGCUUACACCAAUCCUGAGAUGCAGAAAAACUACACUAAGACUCUAUUUCUUUAUCAGUUAAAGUGUGGUCAUUGCUGGCAUAGCUUUUUGGAUUAAAAGACACAUUAAAAAAAGAAUACAAGUCUACAUCUGACCUAAUACUUUAUAAAUAUGAUCUCUACUGUUUAUUUGAGAUUACAACAAAACUUUUAUGGUUAUAAGUUAUGCAUAUAAAGAACACU